AGUCACUUGCGGUCACGCUGUGCAAUUUCGUCGUCACAUUAACGUUGUCUCGUUUUUUCUCUGAUCGUUGUAAAGCGACAGUAAUUUUCUUUAAACAAUAAUAAAGAAUUCUUGCAAAAGAAUUGUAAUUUUCAUCUGCGUAGAAAACACAGACAAAAGAACAAAAAAUGGCCGAUAAUGACGAUCUUCUCGAUUACGAGGAUGAGGAGCAGAACGAGACCACUGCGGUUGAGACGCAAGAGGCACCAAAGAAAGACGUUAAGGGAACUUAUGUCUCCAUACACAGUUCGGGCUUCCGUGACUUUUUGCUGAAACCGGAAAUAUUGCGUGCAAUUGUUGACUGCGGUUUCGAGCAUCCAUCCGAAGUUCAGCAUGAGUGCAUUCCUCAAGCUGUACUUGGCAUGGAUAUUUUAUGCCAGGCCAAGUCCGGUAUGGGCAAAACUGCGGUGUUUGUGCUUGCGACAUUGCAGCAACUGGAACCCUCCGAUAAUAACACUUGUCACGUCUUGGUCAUGUGCCACACUCGCGAGCUGGCAUUCCAAAUUAGCAAGGAGUACGAGCGCUUCUCCAAAUAUAUGCCAACAGUCAAGGUUGCUGUGUUCUUUGGCGGUCUGGCGAUUCAAAAGGACGAAGAGACGUUGAAGAACGGUACGCCGCACAUUGUUGUCGGCACACCAGGACGCAUUUUGGCAUUGAUUCGCAACAAGAAGUUGAACCUGAAGCACUUGAAGCACUUUGUUCUGGACGAAUGCGACAAGAUGUUGGAGCAACUGGACAUGCGUCGCGAUGUGCAGGAGAUUUUCCGUAGCACACCACACGGCAAACAAGUUAUGAUGUUCUCGGCUACUUUGAGCAAAGAGAUACGUCCUGUUUGCAAAAAGUUUAUGCAAGAUCCCAUGGAAGUGUAUGUGGACGAUGAAGCCAAACUAACGUUGCACGGCCUGCAGCAGCAUUAUGUCAACCUCAAGGAGAACGAGAAGAACAAGAAGCUGUUCGAACUACUCGAUGUGCUCGAAUUCAAUCAAGUUGUCAUAUUUGUCAAGUCGGUGCAACGUUGUGUGGCACUUGCACAACUGCUGACUGAGCAGAAUUUCCCUGCGAUUGGCAUUCAUCGUGGCAUGAAUCAGGAUGAGCGUUUGAAUCGUUAUCAGCAAUUCAAGGAUUUCCAGAAGCGCAUUUUGGUGGCCACAAAUCUUUUUGGUCGCGGCAUGGAUAUUGAGCGUGUCAAUAUUGUGUUCAACUACGACAUGCCCGAGGAUUCGGAUACCUAUCUGCAUCGAGUGGCACGUGCUGGACGUUUCGGUACCAAAGGCCUGGCCAUUACCUUUGUCUCCGAUGAGAACGAUGCCAAGACACUGAAUGAGGUGCAGGAUCGUUUUGAUGUCAACAUCAGCGAACUGCCCGAAGAAAUUGAUCUCUCUACAUACAUCGAGGGACGCUAAGAAUUGAAAAUAUAUGCAUAUGACAAGAAUGCAUUCAUACAUUUUUAUAAACUCUACUUUAUAACUAAAUAAAAUACAAUCCAAAAACCAUAA